UCAGUCACAUAUUGGGAAUAACCUCGGAUAUCCGCUACACGUCACGUCCAUUCUUUGCUCGGUGUCGGCUCGCCACGAGGGUGCGGUUCAUAGCAGACGUGUGCCUCCAGAGAACCAGUAGGACGAGCCAGCUCACAAGAACUUGUCAAAAGUACAAGCUUUUUCCCAAAGAUGGCCACCGUCAGUGAUAAUCCUGUCCGUUUACCGUCAGAUGUUGAAAAGUUUGGAGAGGAGACGCCGUUGUUUGCGAAAGCAUAUUCGGAGUUCUUCCAGACAGGUUCUUGUCUGCCUUUAUUAAAACAAGAACUGCGUCUUAAAAUUCAGAACAGGCGCAUGUCGGAGGGUCAACCGGAACUACAGGUGCAAUUUGACGAGGAAAAGAAAUAUCCAUUGACCAAGAUGGAACUGGAGAAAGUUGAACUCCGGAAACGUCACAACCGACACUCGGCCAAGAGAUGUAGAGAGAAAAAGAAAGAAAACCAAACGAAUUGCGUAAAGGAGUUAGGCAUGCUGAAGGAGAGGAACAAGCAGCUUUGGGCCCAAUUUCACAAACUUACACAAUGGAAAAGUUUGUUAGCAAAAAAAAUAUUGAAGCAGGAGUGGGCGAGUCGAUCAGACUUUGGAGAAGAAGAUUUGUUCAGUCUCCUGCCAGACUUGAUGAAGGUACAUCAGGCAGAAAAAGCUUUGUUCGUAAAGAAUAACGUCAUACAACCAAACAUCGCAGAGUUACAGGAAAAUGAAAGGAUGGAAUGGAACUCAGAGUUACAGCAGGAAAAUGAUCACAGUGCAAGGUUACAGCAUAACAACGUUGUAAACUGGCUAGAACAGUGCGCAAAAAUACAUGACAUGGAAUUACAGACAGAAUCUUUCGACGCACGGAAGGACGUAGAGUUACAGACAGAAUAUUGCGACGUACGGAAGGACGUGGAAUUACAGACAGAACAUUGCGACGUUCAGAAGGAUGCGGAGUUACAGACAGAAUGUUAUGAAAUACUGGCGGAAGUCCAGGCGAACACCUUCAUGCUGCCAAGCGGUAAUACUGCAAACCACGUAUUACAGCAAAUUCCUGAAGCACAGUCGAACUUUACGUUACAACCGAAUGAUGACAUAAAGGCAAAUAAGGCGUUACAGGAUUUACAGCAGGACCAAUUCAUACAGGAAGUAGAAUUACAUCAAGGCGAUAAGAUACAGGAUGUGGUGUUAUAUAUAGACUGUAAGCUUCAGGAGGACACAGAAGUGUUAGAUUUUCCCUACCAACAGACCAACGCUGUGUUACAAGGGCUUGACUUUUUGUUAAGUGAUGGCACAAAAGUUUAGUUACAUAAAUUGCGACCUACGGUGUCCGUUAAUUAAGACACUUAACACUUAGUCACCUGUUUACUCAGAAUGCUUCACCAAUAGCUUGCUCGAUGAAAUUAAAUUUGACUUUUGUUACCCGAUAAAAUGUGCCAAAAUCAGAAGGACACAUAAAAAACGGUGAAAUUUCAUAAAAUAAGAUCAUUCCAACCUACUGCCGGAAUGCAUUCCACAAACUUCAGUGUUUUCGUUUAAUUGUACCUGUAUUUAAU